AUGGGCGGGACAGAUUCCCAUUCUUUUUUUACUUUUGUGUUCUGUUGGUAGGAGACGGGUGGAAGUUACUGGUGGAGUUGGAACGUUAACGGAAUAUAAGGGAAAAGAGAUCACUCUCAGUUUUGGAAACACGUCACAGGACCUUUUUGAGAGAGAUGGCGGGCAAGAUCUCAAAGGACGAGCUUGAAGAACUCCGAGAGGCUUUUGAGAAAGUUGAUCUCAACGGAAAUGGCUUUGUGUGUGACUAUGAGCUCCAGGAACUUUUCAAAGAGGCUAACCUUCCAAUGCCAGGCUAUAAAGUCCGGGAGAUCAUUCAGAAGCUGAUGACGGAAGGAGACAAAGACAAAGACGGCAAGAUCAGCUUUGACGAAUUUGUAUCCGUGAGUAUUCCUAGAACGAGAUGCAAUAUCAAUGCACAUGCAUGGUGCUCUGUGCCAGAAUUGGGUCACACAGGGGCAAGAUGGUGUAGCUAAUGGAAAUCUCUUCCA